CGGGCUCGCUCGCCGGCCGUCCUGCGGGCGGGCGCCCCGGGCCGUGGGAAAUGCAACUAUCAAAAGUGACUUCAGAAGAGAGAAGGCUAACAAUGGAAAACACUGGCAAAGUUCCCAGAAAGCUGUCCUCUUCAGUGCCAGGCUCAGCUGAUGUCACAGGUUAAAACAGUCUUCCCCAGAGAGGAAAGCUCAGAGCACCAUGAUGGACUCAGAAGCGCAUGACAAGAGGCCCCCAAUGUUGACCUCUUCAAACCAGGAUCUGUCACCUCACAUUGCGGACGUGGGGGACAUAAAGCAUUACUUGUGUGGCUGCUGCGCAGCUUUCAACAACGUGGCCAUCACAUACCCUGUUCAGAAGAUUCUCUUUCGGCAGCAGCUGUACGGCAUCAAAACCCGGGAUGCCAUCCUGCAGUUGAGGAAGGAUGGGUUCCGAAACUUGUACCGAGGAAUCCUCCCCCCGCUGAUGCAGAAGACGACCACGCUGGCACUUAUGUUUGGUCUGUAUGAGGACCUGUCGCGCCUGCUCCGCAAGCAUGUGAGCAGUGCUCCCGAGUUUGCCACUCGAAGUGUGGCGGCGCUGCUCGCCGGGACAACAGAAGCCAUUCUCACUCCAUUUGAAAGGGUUCAGACUUUGCUUCAGGACCACAAGCAUCACGAUAAGUUCACAAACACUUACCAGGCCUUCCGGGCGCUCAGAUGCCAUGGGAUUGCAGAGUAUUACCGUGGCUUGGUGCCCAUCCUUUUCCGAAAUGGGUUCAGCAAUAUCCUUUUUUUUGGCCUUCGAGGGCCCAUUAAGGAGCAUCUGCCUACUGCCACUACACACAGCGCACAUCUGGUCAACGACUUCAUCUGUGGAGGUGUGCUCGGAGCCAUGCUGGGGUUCCUAAGCUUCCCAGUCAAUGUUGUCAAAGCCCGAAUACAGUCUCAGAUUGGCGGGCCAUUCCAGUCUCUCCCCAUGGUCUUCAAGACAAUCUGGAUAGAACGGGACAGGAAACUGAUCAAUCUUUUCAGAGGUGCACAUCUGAAUUACCACCGUUCUCUCAUCUCCUGGGGAAUAAUCAAUGCAACUUACGAGUUUUUGUUAAAGAUUGUAUGAUAAGGCCACUACCUGAGAUGUUAUUCUCAGCUAGCUAGACCUAAGGAAAAUGCAAUUUGGCAUUGUUCCUAAUUGGCUUAAAUACAAGUUGGUGUCAUUAAGACCAAGCCAUAAUUUACAGACAAAGCAUUGACAAAAACAGAGGAAGGUUUCAGUGGGCAGGGCAGGUGUCAGGGUUAGGGUUUGGUCAUUACUCCAGAACUUUAGGCUGUUGCCUGGGAACCAGCCUGUACCUGACGACCUUUCAGGGCGGCUGCCAGCUGAGAUUGAUUUCUUUUCCUCCUGGAAGGGUUGCUAGGCCUUCUGCGUGGAAAGUGUGGCGUCAGCAGCCAGAGCACGUGCUCCUAGCCCGGCCUUCUCAGCCUCACUCUCACCUCAUUUGUUCCGUCUCUGCUCUUAGGAGGGCCAUCGUCAUGAAACCCCAGCUCUGCACGAGGACUGGAGCCCAGAUGGCUCAGAGCCAUGGGUUAGCUUUGAAACCAAGUGCUGGUGAGCUAGUUGUUAGCCAAACUGUUUCUGUUCAGAAACCAAGUGCUGGUGAGCUAGUCGUUAGCCAAACUGUUUCUGUUCAGAAACCAAGUGCUGGUGAGCUAGUCGUUAGCCAAACUAUUUCUGUUCAGAUGAGAUAGAGCUGAGCAGCUAACGAAAGCUUCCAUUUUGCUGUUUAGCUUUGAACAUUUUCUGUUUAAUUCUGAAUAUGACUUUAAGCCCUUCCAGAAUGUCCUUGUGCUGUUUUUACUGAAUUCAUUGCCAAAAGAUAGGGUGCCCUCGUUAACUUCUGUUCUGUGCUUCAUCGUGGUAAGCUGUUCACGGCAAGCUCUACUGUUUUGCUUGACUUCUUUGUGCUACUGGUGUCGACACAGCUGACCAGUGGGGACAUUGUCCCUUGUGAGUAGUAACUGUCAUGUCUAUCCUGUUCUCUGGUACUAGACUUUAAGAAAAUAAACACUUCCAUAAAGUUUUA